AUGAAAAUUAAAAAGGAUAAAAAAGCUGAAAAGCGUCCACAAAACUCUGAGGCACAAGAAGAAUCUACAGCGGCCGUCAAGGCAAAGAAAAAACAAAAAAUAAACAAAGAAAAUGGUGAUGAAGGCGAGGUUGCUAACGAGCAGGAGGCGCCAGCAAAAACAAAAGCUGCUAUCAAAACGUUGGAUACGAAUAUUUUUAAAUAUUUUAAAGAUCUAACCAGUGAUGAGGAGAAAGUGCGUUUGGAGGCUGCGGUGCAUUUACUGCAACAAUUACAGCGCAACAAGGAUGAGGAUAAGAAACAAAAAGAGCUGCAAUACAGUUUAAAACGUUUGAUACGUGGUUGUGGUUCUUCAACAAAUGUUUCACGUUCCGGCUUUUAUGUGGGCCUUGUUGGUAUUUUGAAAUCAUUUUCAUUGGAAGAGAUACCAUUACAAUUGUUAUUGGAUAUUAUUAACAAAGAAUUACAUGUUGGCUCAGCUGUAGUCAAUAAAGAGGAUGCCGAUGCCGUUGUUGGCAAAAUUUUAGUUAUUGGUGCUCUGCUACAUUCGGGACGUUUAGCUGAAAUUAAUACCGAACAUUUGGAACAAAUUACCAAUAUAUUGUUGCAGUCAACACGUCACAAAACCUAUCAUGCCUCAUUAGGCUAUUCGUUUUUGUGUGAAAUUAUUGAAAUGCUAUCACAAGAACAAUUUGAAACUGCCGUUUGGCCAUUGGUACAAAAAGAGCUGUGCCGGCCAUGGAAUAAACAAAAUCUACAAACCAUCCACUGUCUCAUAGUAUUGCAAAAGAAAUUCCCCACACUAGUGAAUGCAAAAUUCCUUAAGGCACACUUUGGUGGCGUUGAACUACUAAACCCGGAAUCAUAUCAAUAUUUACAUAAAAUAUUUUGGGUACACAGCAAUACCGACAUCUUAACACAUCCUGCAUUUGAACAUUUUGGUGCCUACAUUGCAACCUCCAAGAAUUUAACAACGUUUUGGCGUGAAACUGUUGAUGCAGGUUUAGAAAAUCCCACAAAAUUGGUAGAAAUUGAAACACUGAAAAUCCUCACCGAUAUUUUAGAUAAUUUGGAUGUAGAAAAGACCAAAGUGCAAGAUUUGUUAGGCAACAAUUUCAUGCAUAUGUUCAUUGAGGGUUUGAAAAAUUUAAAACAGAAAAAAGAUGAAACACUGAAAGCAUUUUAUGCUGACUUUUUGGAAUCGCUGGUGAAAUGUUGCAGUAAAGUUACCCGCGAUGAAGAUAAGGUGGCAUUGAUAAAGCGCCUGAUUUUGCCACCUGGUAUUUUUAAUAUUGAGAAAUUCGCCAGCAAUCGUGUGGUGCAUCAAUUGAUUAAUACCUUGGGCGAAGAGGGUGUUAAGGAAUUGUAUAAUUUGUACAAACAAAUAUUCCUUGGCACUUUGCCGAAGAAUCCAGAAAAUUCCUCAGAAAAUUGGUUAAAUUUUGAGAGGCUGAAUGCCGGGUAUAUGUUGCAACAUUUAUUGCAACACAAAUCUGUGCACAAUGCCUUCGCAUGGAGAGAGGAACAAUUGCAAUUUUUGUUCUCCUGUGGCGUAUUCUAUGUCACCGAUUUGGCAGAGAUUUGUAAAAAAGAAGCGGCCGGUUCGUUUAGUAAAGAUUUUGCCGAACAAUGUAAAAAUAUGUUCUUCACAUGCUUGCAAACUAAACUCCAUGACAUUAAUGAGGAACAGAAAUUGCUGUACAAUUUGGCCAAGUUCUGCCAAGAGAAGUUAGCACAAAAACAGGCCAAUAAAUAUAUACGCAUAACUAAAUUCGAUGAGGUUUCACAAAAGGCAUGGCAAUCCAUGUAUGGAGCUGUGGCCGAGUCACAAAAUCAAGUGACGAAUAAAAAGAAGAAGGCAGAGGAUAAUAAACUGCAGAAUGUAUUCAAUAUUUUAUUACUCAACAUGGGUCUGCAGUUGUUCCGUGAACCUGAAAUGGCCGCCCCAGCCAUUGACGAUCUGCUGAAAUGUAUGGCCAAAACAAAGGAGUCGGGAAAACAAAAAAAGAAAUCGAAGAAAUCAGUACCGGCGGCGGGAGAUGGUGAGGGUGAAGAACCUGAAUGGAUUGAGGUGGUGGUGGAUUUGUUCCUACAUCUGUUGUCCCAAAAUAAUGGUGCCCUACGCAACAUUGUCAAUGCCCUGUUUCCACAUUUGUGUGAUAAUUUGACAUUGACAGCGGUGCAUCAAAUUUUGGCGGUAUUGGAUAUGAAGGAUGGCCAUAAUCCAUUGAGUGGUAAAAAUGAAGAAGAUGAUGAUGAAGAGGAGGAGGAUGAAGAUGAUGAGGAAGAAGUGGAAAAGAAAAAACCAAAAUUAAAUGGUAAAUCUAAAACAGAAAGUGAUGAAGACGAUGAUGAUGAUAGUGAAGAUGAUGAAGAGGAGGGAGAUGAAGAAGAAGAGGAUGAUGAUGAGGAAGACGAUGAUGAAGAUGACGAUGAAGAAGAGGAAGAUGACGAAGAAGGUGUUACCGAAAUUGAUAAAUUACGCAAUGCCGUGUCCCAGGCUCUUAUUGCCAGUGGAACCCAAAUCGAUGAUGAUAUGGAAUCGGUUGAUCUGAAUGAUAUGACCGAAGAGGAGGGCCGCAAAUUAGAUGAAGCCCUCGCCAAUGCCUUUAAGGCCAUGAAGAAGACCGGCUCUUCGCAAACGAAAAAAUCCAAAAGUUAUCGCAUCAAAACCACCACGGUUAUGCAUUUCCGUAUACGUGUCCUUGAUCUUUUGGAAAUCUACUUGCAACACAAACCAUCUUUGCUUAUAUCCAUUGAAAUUAUGUUGGCCCUCUUCAACAUGUUGGAAUACUGUGUCGGUGAAGAGUUGAAACCUUUACAAACUAAAGUUGAAAAGACCCUCAUCAAAUUGACCGCUCUUAAGAACUACAAUUCCGAUGGAGAUCUUAAGGAAGGCAAUUUUGUGGACUUCCUAAGGCUGAUUAUUGACAAGAAGGCCCCGGCUCCCGUGUUUGAGAUUGUAAAUAAAAUGCGUAACAAAUGUUGUUGUUUCCUCAUUGCCAAUGCCUAUAAGAUCAAUGCCAAUGGACAAACUCCCAAGAUCCUGGCUCUGUGUAAAGAAUAUACCCAAGAAUUUGUGAAAUCCCGCAAUCCCACCAUUAACAUUACCCUACUCUCCGAUAUUUUCAAACUGAGAUGGUGUCACAUAUACGAUUUGGCCGAGGAAUUGACACAACAAGGCAUUAAUCUAGAGGCACGUACCUUCCGUCGCAUACAAGUCUAUGAAAUCCUCUCAACGCUGUAUAAAAACAGUGAACUGCAAAAACAAAAUGAAGAUGAAACCAAAAAACGUUUUAAGAAAAUCGAAAAGGCCCUUAAAAAUCACAUUCAAGCUUUGACACAAAAUAAAUCCCUGAAACAAUCGCCCAAAGAAUUCCAAACUCUAUUGGAAUUAAUAUUGAACGUACAAAAGGCCCAACAACGUUUGAACAUCAGCAGCUCACAAUUAACCACCGAGGAAACUUUACAAAGUUUACAAAAUUUAAGGAAAUUGAUACGUCUGGAGUCCUCGCAUGUCUACCAACGUUUUUGCGGGGCCUUUAAACUACCCGUUAUUCGCAACACUGAGGUGCAACCUAAAGAAAGUGGCCAUGAUGAAGAAGAAAAUUCCUCAGAAUCGAAUGACUCAGAUGCUGAAGAGGAAGAUGAGGACGAAGAAGAAAAAGAAAAAACCACCAACAACUCUGCCCAAAAGCGAAAACUCCAAACCGCCAAGGAUCUACGCAAAUUGAAAAAACAAAAGAAACUGCAACGACUGGAGGCUGCCUCUAAAGGUCUCAAUGGUGGCAUAGGAUUUUCUCAACAAAAUGGCAAUGAUUCGGAUUCAACGUAA